AUCCUUGGCUUGAGGAAUCGGUGGACUGAUAGAAAACAUAAAUCCAUGGUGCGAGGUGUCGUUGAUAUUAUGAUGAUGGAUUGAGUUGAAGUCAAAAUCCCUCGGUCCGGCUUGAGAGAAUGGAUAACUCCAGUGGCUAUGAAACUCGACGAUCGUGCUGUGAUACGCGAUUCAGAAUACGGUUCUGGCGGCAAGCAAGCGUGAACAUGGUAUCAGAAAGAAAACUCGAGUAUGCUCGAUAUGCGGUGCGCUCGCCAACAAGAUAACACACCCUAUCUUAACCUUAUCCGCCGUAUCUAUCCUAUGUGCAGUACUGUGCUCGUACUAUAUAUCUCGCAAUACCCAAAAAAUAGAGAAAUAUAGAAAUGAAUAAUUUAUAUUUAUAUCGCA